ACACACAGUUUAUCCUCACCACAGAGACAUCAUUUAGAAACGUCUAGGACGCGCAGUGUUGAAUAAAUCUUAUAUUUAGGAAGGAUAUCAGCAAAGAAACGACAAAGGUUGAUAGCCAUUAGGUUUAAAAGUGGACUGUUAAUAUGGAUGCCGUCUCGGUCUGUGAUGAGCGCUGUGUGAUAAGUGAAAUAAAUCAGACGACGGCAGAAGGACCUGCUCCAAGUGAGAUCCCGAAGGUGUCAUUGUGUCCCCCAGACAGUGAGGAUGCAGAGUCUCCAACGAAUGAAAUUCCCAUAGAGGGGGAGCACAUAAACCAUCUGUCCACACCACCUUCCUCCUCUCAACUGUAUGACCAAGUGUUGCAGAGUCAUGCCUACCAGUCACCUCGACUCAAGAGAUGCCCGUGCUGCGACCACCAGCAGCCAAUCACAGACAAUGUCUGUCUGAAUCAAACAAACGUGUCUUCUCAUUCAGACUGCGCAAGCAAUGCUGUCAAGACAGUUCACAGGUGCAGUCCCUUCCACCAACCUAUAUGUCAUAAUACAAUGCAGUGUCAUUGGCUGCAAGGAUCACGUGAUGGCAGUAACUACACGCCUGUUCAGCAUCAUGUGGUGACAGUCAGGACUGAGAGACUUCACCGGAUCCCAAAGAACUACUCCCAAGUCAUAGUGGAAUACCCGAUGACAGUUCUUAUCUCAUGUGCAGUAGUCCUCCUUGCCUUCUCCCUAGCAGGGAUUUUGAUUGGUCCCCUGCCAGAUUUUUCUGAUCCUUUAGCGGGAUUUGAGCCACGUGGAACAGACAUUGGGAUUAGACUGGCAGCCUGGGCCAAGCUCCAGGAAAGUACUGGGCCUGGGAAAGCACUAUCUCUGACAUCUCAGCAGUUUGUGGACCAAAGUAUAGCACGAGAGGUCCCCAGUAAAAUCCAGCAGCACUUAAGACAUCGUCCAAGGAGAAUGCUACAUACAGACACUACUGAGAACGCCUAUUUUUGCAAUGAUCCUGGAGAUCACUAUGCCCAGCUGGUAUUCCGCUCAGGAAACUCGGACAGUCUGUGGAGUCUAAAGGCAAUCUAUUCCAUGUGCGAAAUGGAGCAAACCCAGAUACGCUCAGACGCACACUUUAAAGAACUCUGUCAGGUCAAAACAGAGGUUGUUGGCAACAAGGGUAAGGGUGAGUGCUGUCCAAGCUGGUCCCUGGGGAACUUCCUGGCUCUCCUCAACAACGUCUCCUCCUGCUUCAGUCUCACAGCUCAGCAAGUGUCAGACAGUUUAAGCUUGCUCAGAUACUGUGCCCCUUACUACCAUGAUGGAAGCCUCGUUGCAUCAUGUGUAGAGACAAGCAAAUAUGGCUAUUGUGCAUCUGUCCCCCCUCCCUGCAAGCAAUCCAACAUCAUCUAUCAGAUUCUACAUUACCUAGUGGAUAAGGAUUUCCUGGGGCCUCAGACUGUUGAAUACCAGGUUCCAUCCCUAAAAUAUAGUGUCCUGUUCCUACCAGUGGCAAAAGGAAAUGCAUUAAUGGAGAUGUAUGUAAAACAUCUGGAAGGUCAUGAGCUAACAUAUAACAAUACUACCAUAACAGGGAUGGACUUGGGGAUUAAGCAAAAGCUUUUCAAAUAUUAUCUCUCAAGAGACUCUGUCUACCCUAUUCUCACAGUUCUCGCACUGCUACUUACAAUGGCCUUAUAUCUAAGAUCAUUUCUUUUAUCAGCUAUGUCUCUGUUUGCAGUCACAUUAUCACUUUUGACAUCUUAUUUUUUCUACAAAGUAGUAUUUGGCCUAUUGUUUUUUCCACUUCUGAAUCUCAUGGCAGUCCUUGUCCUUUUGGGAAGUUGCUCAAACCAAGCAUUCACCUUUAAUGACUUUUGGAAGUCCCAACUGAGCCAUAAUCCUCCAGCUGCACUAGAAAAGAGAAUCCACCGUGUCUUACGGGAAAUUGGGUACUUGAUCUUGGUGUCUGGCUUAACAUCCAGCGUCGCAUUCUACUCCGGCUACAUAAGUAGCAUUACAGUGGUGAGGUGUUUUGCUGUGUAUCUUGGUAGUGCCUCUUUAAUCAACACACUUUUCGCUCUUGUUUGGCUCCCCUGUGCCAUUGUUUUGCAAGAGCGACAUGCUGCAGGAGCUUCCACCACUGCUUCUAAGCCAUCAUGGAAGCCAUGUUGCUCAAAAAAUCCUGGUGGAUUUUGGGACACAAGUUCAAGGAAGCGGUGCCUUUUCACAGUAGGACAGAAAUUUCGGGGUCUAAAACGUGGCCUCUCAGACACAUCAAAUCUAAUUUUCUCAAAAGUCCUGCCCUGUGGUGUGGUUAAGUUUCGAUACAUAUGGAUCUGCUGGUUUGCAGUCCUGGCUGCAGGAGGAAUUUACAUCUCAUGUGUAGACCCUGGCAUGAAACUGCCAUCCUCAGACAGUAGGGCAACUCAGCUGUUUCGUUCCAGUCAUCCAUUUGAAAGAUACGAUGCAGAAUACCGCCAUCAGUUCAUGUUUGAGCGAAUGAAACAAGGAGAGGAUGAGCCUAUGACUAUGACUCUCAUUUGGGGUGUCACCCCAGUUGAUGAUGAUCGUUUCAAUCCAAGAAGCAAUGGCUCCUUUACCAUGGACCCAGAAUUCAAUAUAAGUAGUUCGGAAGCCCAAGUGUGGUUGCAAAAGCUAUGUGGAAAAAUUAGAAACCAGACUUUUUAUUCACCGUCACCAGCAGACAAAGAAGCAGUGGAAGACAAUACUUGUUUUGUGGAAGACUUGAUUCACUGGCUAUCUACUCGCCAUUGUUCUGCAAAUGAGGAUGCUUUCAGUUUCUGUUGCAACAAUAUUACAUUCCCUUACCCGCCUAGUGUUUUCGAGCAGUGUCUCAAAAUGAUGGUGGACGAACAACAGGCAGAAACUGGUUCACCUAGGACCGGGGGCCUUCGUUUUGAUUCACAAAAUCGAAUUGCUGUCCUUGUUGUGGUAUUUAAGACCUCACAGCUUAACAGCUUUAACUUCAACAGAACUUCAAAUUUCUAUAAACAAAUCACGUCUUGGUUCAAUAAUGAGAUUUCUAGCGCUCCACCUGGACUGCGAAGAGGCUGGUUUGUGAGCCAAUUAUUGUUGUAUGACCUCCAGCAAUGCCUGAGCUCAGAGACAUUAGUAGUGGCAGGCUUUUCCGUAGCCCUUACAUUUGCAUCGCUUUUGCUCACCACUUGGAAUAUACCAUUAAGCAUUUAUGUGACAUUUGCUGUCGGGGGGAGUGUUUUUGUUACUGUUGGCCUGCUUGUGCUUUUAGAAUGGCAGUUAAAUAGUGUGGAAGCAUUGUUCAUUUCAGCUGCUGCAGGCCUCUCUGUUGACUUUGCUGCCAAUUACUGCAUUUCUUACUGCCUGGCCCCACACACUGACCGAUUGGGUAGGGUCGCGUAUUCUCUGAAGAAAAUGGGUUGUCCAGUAGCCAUAGGUGCAGGAGCAUACUUUUGUGUCGGUAUUAUAAUGCUACCAGCGACUGCGCUGCUUUUCCGGAAGCUUGGGAUAUUUCUCCUUCUCGUGAAGUGUGUGGCAUGCGGUUUUGCCACAUUUUUCUUUCAGUCACUCUGUUGCUUCUUUGGACCUGAGAAAAAUUGUGGGAAAAUAAUCAUACCAUGUGCAAAAGAGAGAGCCACAGAAAAUAUACCAUCUUCUUGUUCAGGCGCUGAAGCAGGAAACAACAAUCCAUCAGCUAAUGGUAUGUUCAGCUGUGGUACUAGCACGGGAUCACAUGGGAGAAAAAAUUGUAAUAAAGAAGGUGGCGGAGCAUUCUUGUGCCCCAAUCAGCACCGCCACAGGCAACACCUGUCAAGGCUAGGGAGGGAGCCAGAGCAGUACGAGCUGCAACCUCUUGCCGGUCAUCUAAGUGACAGCUUUGAAAACAGCACUUGCACCAGCAAGCUGUCCAACAGACCUUCUGUUCUUUCAGAUGACAUUGAGUUCUGUGGUCUCAGUCCAAAGCGAUAUUACAACAGGAUUAGCACUGAAUCUGUGAGUGAUGAAAUAUGUAGCAGGCACCUCAAAGGUUGCAACACUCCCCAAGCCGUCCAGACCUCAUCCCCUUACAAAGGAAAAAAAAUGCGGCCUGUAGUAGUUCUUACAGGUGAUCCAGCAAAGGAAAGGCAUUUGUGCAAGAAAUGUCAUAGCCCUGGAAUGAAACUAUGGAACGUCUCCAUGUCAUCCUCUAGCAUGGAAGAUAUCACGGUCAUAGAGACCACAGAUAAUACUAAUAAAAGGUCACUCUCUAUGGAUGGGGCCUAUAGAUGUCAUGCACAUAAAAGACUUUUGUCUUGUCAGUCUCAGAGUUCCACUGAGGGGCUUGAAGAUUCUAACGAGACUUGUUUGAGUGACAUUGAGCCAGCAGUCUCUGUCGCACCAUCCACUGUGACUGAAGGAGAGCUGCGACCAGGUCACCUCAACGGCAAGAGAGAUACUUUGCGUCUGUCUCUGAGAGAAACAGUUUAUGACCCUGGCUCCCCAAGUUCUGGAAGGGGGCGGACAAGCCAAAGUGAGCUGCCUGUAAUAUUGCCAAACAGUCAACCGGAUUUACCUGACGUAUGGAUCAAGAGGGAUGGAAGAGGUGAGGACAACAGUUGAUUUAAUGGAUAUAAAACAGAUUAACAGAGGCCUCAGUGUAUGCUUUUACCACCAUGCUAAAUCCUGAACUUGUGAUGUACUUUGUGCUUGGUGGUGUGCUGAUAAUUUCAGCAUCCAAGAGAUCAUAUCUGUAAAUGCUUACUAAACACAACAGACCUAUAAAUUCAGAGUUAUAUAGAUCCCAGAUUAUAUCGAGAAUUAUUUUCACACUGCUAUCUGCAAUGAGUUUAUGAUAUGUGUUACAAAAAAAUUUUUGGGACUGAUGAAACUGCAUGUCACAGGCAAUACAAGUGUGUGAAGGAGCCUGUUCCACAUGGCCUUGGGUUGCUAUUUCAUAAUACAAAUAUUGUACAUAUUUUCAAAGGAUUAUGGUGCCUGAGAGCAGUUUGCCUAAACAUUACAUAAAAGCAAUUUCCUCUUUUUAAAUACAGAAAAAUAAAGAUAAGGAAUAGGCAUAAAUUAAUCAAGAAAAGUCUGACUAUUUAAUUUGAAACGAUCCAAUCCAAUAAUUUGAUCAUGCUUACUUAUAGGACACAUCAUGUAUUGUCUUGAUAGUAGAACUGUCUCGGAGUUGUUUAUAAGAUGCAUAACUG